ACCAUUUCCGCCUUCAUAUUUUUGUUUCCGCGAUAGAAUAAGGUGCAGCAGGAAUUAUCCAUAUUAUUAAUACAACAGCGAGAUCUUUCUCAUUUUAACAUCAGCAAGAAGAUCUUUAACUCUGCAGACUGCAGUCAUGUCAGACCGUAGUUCAUUCGACACUAAUGUUGUGACUUUGACGAGAUUUCUGCUUGAAGAGGGCAGGAAAGCCAAAGGCACAGGCGAGCUGACAACUCUUCUGAACGCGAUGUGCACGGCUGUAAAAGCCAUCUCGAGCGCUGUCAGGAAAGCUGGGAUCGCGCACCUGUAUGGCAUUGCUGGAAGUACCAAUGUGACAGGUGAUCAGGUUAAGAAGCUGGACAUCCUUUCCAAUGACCUCGUCAUAAACAUGAUCAAAUCCUCAUUCACCUCAUGUGUACUGGUCACUGAGGAACAUGACACUGCAAUCAUUGUGGAGCCAGAUAGACGGGGUAAAUACGUGGUUUGCUUUGACCCUCUUGAUGGUUCAUCCAACAUUGACUGCCUUGCUUCGAUUGGAACCAUCUUUGCCAUCUACAAAAAGUGCACAGACAGCGAGCCGUCUGAGAAAGAUGCCCUGCAGUCUGGUAGAAACAUUGUGGCUGCUGGAUAUGCACUAUACGGCAGUGCCACCAUGAUUGUCCUCUCCACUGGUCAGGGAGUGAACUGCUUCAUGUUAGAUCCAGCUAUUGGAGAGUUCAUUCUGGUGGACAGAGAUGUGAAGAUUAAGAAGAAGGGGAAGAUCUACAGUCUGAAUGAAGGUUAUGCCCUUUAUUUCGAUCCUGCCGUCACGGAGUACCUGCAGAAGAAAAAGUUCCCGGAGGAUGGCAGUGCGCCCUAUGGAGCCCGUUAUGUAGGUUCAAUGGUGGCAGAUGUGCAUCGGACGCUUGUUUAUGGAGGAAUCUUCCUUUACCCUGCAAAUGUGAAGAGCCCCAAAGGAAAGCUCAGACUUCUCUAUGAGUGCAACCCCAUGGCCUUCAUCAUGGAGCAGGCCGGAGGAAUGGCCACCACAGGGACCACCAACAUCCUGGACAUCCAGCCCGAGAACAUCCAUCAGCGGGUACCUGUGGUGAUGGGCUCCCCUGAUGAUGUCCAAGAGUACAUCUCCAUCUUUCAGAAACACCAUAAAUGAAGACCAAUAGUCAGAGAGACUCGGAAUAAUCACUCCAGAAUGAGAGACCAAAAUGUAUUCUUACUUUCAAAAUACCUCCGUAAUGUAGAUCUAGUUCCCUAAAACCAAAUGUUUUUUAUAAACUUUAUACCUCCAAAAAAGAAAUAAGAAGUAUUUUAGAGAACACGGACCAAGCAGUGAUUAUUUUUUUGUGAAAAACUUGAGACCAAAACAUUUUCUUUUAGAGAAACACGAUGUGUUCUGCACUAGACAAUCUCUGUGGGUGUUUUUGGCAGCUGGAAUUGUUGUCAAGCGAAAAGACAGAAGCAUGUUCAUGAGGAUGAUUUGAAUUUAAAUUGAUCUCAUUUCUUUCUGUACAGAUCAAAAUAUAUUGUUCCUUUAUUGCAGCCUUGGAAGCUGAGGGAAGCUGUGAAUAAAGCUCUUGGCAAAACAAAAGACUUUGAAAGACAUGUUUUCUCUGUGUUAAGAACUCGUACAUUAAAGUCAGCAUGAAACGGAA